GGGUAAGGUAACAAACCCGUUCACCUGCACGCCAUCGACAGACUUGGCGCAUGAGAAGGCUUGUACAAAGCCUGGUUGUGGUGGUGUGCCGAAAGACUGCUCCGCUGCCCUUUUGGCUGACGCUGAUCUUUGCUCAGAUUCGAAUCAAACGUUUGACGACAUGCUGCGCGAAAUCAGUUGUGCCUGUCACAGGCGAAGAGGUGAAGACUUGUGCGAUGUUGCUCGCUGACGAUCCUGAACUGUGCUCGUCGAAUGGAGAAGUAGAUACUGACGACCUGGACAUCGAUUGUGAUAAAAACUGUGAUAUUAACUGCUGCAAGCACACGGAAACGCCGGUGACUGGGGAGAGUGUGGAUACCUGUUUCAUGCUGCUGGUGAAGGACCAUGAUCUGUGUCAAGGUUACAUUGUGGACACUGACUCGCUUGACAACACGUGUGAGACGAAUUGCGAUAAAAACUGUUGCAAGGAAGAAACUCUACCAGCCACAGAUUCGGAGACCAAGCGUACCUGCGCCAUGUGGUUAGCUGACAAUUCCGGGUUGUGCACGGAUCAAGGGAACAUCGUGGACAAGGAUUCAUUAAGCAAAUGUCUGUGA